AUGGUUGUCAACAUGAACCUUCAGAGCAAGGAUAGGAAUGACAUUUCAAAGACGGUCUGGAACCAAGCUCUGUCUGCCUUCAUUGCGAUUUCUCUGGUUUUCGGUCAAUCCCACCUUGAAGCAAAAGCUGCACCCCCUCAGACCAAGGUCGCUCCUGUGCAGGCCAACAAUGUGGCAGCCGAAGAGAAGAACUCCAAGAUCGAGGAGAAGGUAGAGCUAUUUGCAGAGAUCCUGAAAGACAUUCAAAACCUCUAUGUUGAACCUGUCGACCUUGACAAGCUGACCGAGACUGGUUUCAACGCGAUGCUGUCCUCUCUAGACCCUUACACGGAGUUCGAGAACGUGCAAGCAGCUCAGCAGAUGAAAGUGCAGACCUUUGGCAACUAUGGCGGGGUGGGUCUGGUCAUCGCAAAGCCCAAGAACUCCAAGGGUGAAGAACUCCCUUACAUCAACAUUAUGGGGGCAUUCGAGGGCUACGCGUUCGAUGCUGGGCUGAGGGCCGGAGAUGUACUGUUGAGCGUGAAUGGCAAGGACGUCAAAGACCUUCCUGUGGACAAAGUGAGCGAAUUGCUCAAGGGGGAUCCGGGCACUAGCGUCAAAAUUCGCUAUUCCCGUCCUGGCAUCGCGGAGGUCCAAGAGCAGGAGUUGAAGCGAAGGAUUGUCCUCCUUCGUGACGUUCCCCUCGGCAUGAUGAUCGGAGAUGAAGCCGAGAAGAUUGGGUAUGUCAAACUGCAAGGCUUCAGCUCAUCAGCAGCUGCAGAGCUCGCAUACGUGAUUUCGCAGCUUCAGUCAAAGAGCCCCCUCAACGGCCUGAUCUUGGAUCUUCGCAACAAUCCCGGAGGGCUGCUAACGUCGGCUAUCAAGGUUUCCGAUCUCUUCAUCGGCGAAGGGAAGGACAUCGUGACCACCCGAGGACGGCUGAUAGAGUCGAACAUCGCGAGCGACACUGCCAAGAGCGAGCUGUCGCAGGAUGAGAACAAGGUGGACAAGAGCCUGCUGACAAAGUCGGGGCAGAAGAGCAAAACUUCAUCGUUCGAGACUGUCUACAAGGCGAUGCCAAUCCUGAUCCCAGCAGGAAACAGUCGUGUUGCUUUCCAUCCUCCUCUGCUAGACCCAAGCACAAGACUGGUGGUCCUGGUGAACAAGGUCAUUUGGAUGAAGAAGGGAUUUCCUGCUCCCGCCUCACAUGUCCAGCAGAACACAGCCAGCGCUUCGGAGAUCGUUGCUGGAGCCCUGCAGGAUCAUGAUCGCGCGGUGAUCAUAGGUGAAACUACAUACGGAAAGGGUUUGGUUCAGCAGCUUCAAAAGAUCGGGAAGGGAGGAACGCAGAUCAAGUUCACCGUUGGCAAGUACUACACGCCUUCUGGAAGGUGCAUUCAGAGCAAAACCUACAAGGAAGCCAAGAAUGGUUUUGUUGGCACUGAGGCCACAGCAAUCGCCGAGAGAAAAGUUUUCUACACUGACAAUGGGAGGCCCGUGCGGGACGCUGGCGGGAUCGAGCCGGACAUUGCGAUGCAACCAGCUCAACCCGGACAGCUCGAGAAGGAGCUGGAGAAGCGAGACACGUUCUUUAAGUUUGCUACAGAAUGGCAGAAAAAGCAUGUCGAUGACGGGGAGGCGCUAGCGAAAGGCCCGUUGCCAGUCGUUACGGAUGAAGUCUACAAGGAGUUCCAGCGAUAUGUCGAGAAGGAGGAGAGUGAAUUCGAGGGCCCCUUUGACAAGAGCCUGGAGCUGAUGCAGGAGGCGCUCGAUCAGGCUGGUUACGGAGAGGCAAAGAACGAUGUGCAGUCGCUGCAGAAGCACCUGUCGUCUCUGCUCAUGGGCGAGUUCGACAAGAACCGCAAGGACAUCAUGAAGAGGCUGGAGAUAGCCAUCCGGCAGCACUACGUUCCUGAGAGCUACAUCCUCUCUCUCUCGCUGGCUGACGACGAACAGGUUUGUUAUGGCCAUCUGACGUUGAAGGAGAAGGCGUAUGCCAUCGCCAAGGACGGGGCGCAGUAUCAGACUGUCCUCGGGGUGACCAACAAGGAUGCUAGCCUGACAUCUCGCGCAAACUGA